AUGCUCUUCUCAACACUAUCAGCCCUCGUCCUUGCGGCGACGGCCUCUGCGCACAUUGUCAUCUCCUACCCGGGCUGGCGCGGCAACAACCUCAUCACCAACGAGACAUUUCCCUAUGGAAUGCAAUGGAGCUACCCAUGCGGCGGCAUGGGCGUCACCAAGAACAGGACCUACUGGCCGACAUCAGGCGGCACCGUAGCCUUCCAACCCGGCUGGUUCCAGGGCCACGCCUCGGCCUUCAUGUACGUCAACAUGGGCUUCGGCACCGACGGCCCCGACGGCGGACCGGCCAACAUGUCCAACCCCAUGGUCCCCGUCUUCCAGAUCCUCGGCCCCAGCAAGAACCCGUUCCCGGGCACCGUCUGCCUCACCCAGAUCCCGCUGCCCGUGAACACGACGGUAAAGCCCGGCGACCACGCGACGAUCCAAAUCGUCGAGCUCGCAAUGCACGGCGCCGCUCUGUACUCUUGCGUCGACAUUGAAUUCGCCGAGCCAGGAGACCCCAAGAUCGAAAAGGUGAACGAGACAAACUGCUUCAACUCGGUCGACAUCGGCAUGGCGGACGUCUACACCAUCACCACCCGCGCAUCCGGCCAGACCAUCGAGCAGGCGGCGGCGACCUCGGACGCCGAGCAGACCGUCACGUUCUGGUACGCGGGCAAGCGGCCGCAGUCCGCCUGGGCCGUGUUCAGCUGGGUUCCUUUCGUCCUCGGAGGACUCUGGAUCAUGCUGUGA